AUGUAUUUUGAAAACAACAUAGUUCUCCAUUAUUGUCUAAUAUUUCGAGCAAUUCAAGCUCUUUUGCAACAACCAGAAAUAAAUAACAAUAUUGUUCUUAAAGGAAUUCUAAAAAAGAAUGAUAAAAGUAAGAGAGUUUUUGGAGAACCAUAUGAAGGAAAUUGGGGGCUUGAAACAAAAAAAACUCUUCCACUAUUGAACUACCUAUUAUUAAUCAUCUUUUAUUCUGAUGCUACCAUAUUUGACAGCCUUGGCAAGACUUUAGAAUAUCCAAUAUUUUUAACACUUAGAAAUCUUCCAAAUUGGGUUCAAAAUUCACCAAAUUCUAAAACUAAAGGCUUUGGAAAAAUACUUUGGGAUCUAAAUCUAAAUGAAAUUAAGCCAAAAGUAACUCUUUUAAAUAAGUCAAAAAAUCUAUCACACCCUAAAUUAGUUAAAGGGCUAUUACAAAUAAACUUCACAUUGAAUAUUUUUCUGAAUAUCUUGUUACAAAAUUCUGAAAGUGAUAACUCUUCUAUUAUAAUAUAUGAGGCUGUUUAUUUAGACAAUGGUGAAAUUUUACAAACUUCAGGGGAUUUCCAAGACAAGGAAUGGUUUAGUAAUAUUUUAGUUUCUCCUGCAAAAGACCAAGAUGAAUCAAUUGCUGGGUUAUG